GCAAGGUGGGGGGUCAACAGAUCUAGUUGUAAUUUCUACCACAGACCUAUCCUAGGGUACUAUGAAGGCUGGUGGAUUGGUUUCGAAAAUAACCCCACAGUUUUGGGGUACGGCUGUUAACCAUUUCCUACUCAUUUUCCUUUUAAAAAAACAUGCAUUAUCCCUCAAAAUAGGCUAAGUCUUUUGUCAAUUUUCGUGCAUCAAACAGAAUUAUCACUAAACACCGCCUAUUGAAAUUGAAAGUACAUGAUCUGAGCUACCUUUUCAUGCCUUUUGUUUUGCCCCAGGUACAUUUUAAUGACAGGUACAGUACGUCCCAAAAACAAUGCAAUCUCAAAUUUCAGUAAAAAGGCAAUUUUAACUCUCCUUUAGCUUCAACACUGCAGUUUUUUAGGUGAUGCCACUUCCAGGUAAGGAAGUCAGAAUGCUGUUUUUUAAUUUGCAAAAGAAAAAAAUCCGGCCGCCCUUACGGUUUUCCGGUGAGGGGGGUCGAGUCGCGCCCUUCUCACUGGUGCCCAUUUUUUGCCCAUUCCCUCAGAUAACUGACGAAAUACACAUGCUUUCCAAAUAAAAUUACAUUUUUAGAUGUUAGUGAACCCCCCUCUCCCUUGCCCCUCCCACACACUCCCUCAAACAACCUAGAGGCCUUUAUUACCCCUGUGGAGGCUUAGCGGUCUAGGCGGAAACGAACACCAGCAACGACAACAACAACAACAGUUACAGUUACAAUGCAUUGUGUACAUGCACGUGUACAUUGUGUGAUAGUCUAUUGAAAAUGGAGUUUGAAAAAUCACAGUUGAAAUGUGGAUUUGCUGUCAUAUCCAAGGAUAUCGAGUGUGGUACUGACGCUUCAUACCCCAAUGACAAGAGUGUGAUCCCCUUGAAACGAUGUAAGAAGGACGUGCACUCCCAUUUGAUGCGUUGGAUGUCCUCCAGAAAAGCCAGUCGAGUCAAAAGUGAAUGGGAGCUCAUAACACUUCGUGCUGGCGUGUUUGAUAUGAGUUCUCCAGUUCUGGACACCACAAUAUGCCCGAACCACCGAUACAAGUUGAGUUUAUCAUGGAAUCAGCAAAGGAGAUGCCAGCACCCACUUCAUCAACCCUCUAAAACAAGUCGGAAACCCAGAAAAGAUGGUGGUUCAGUUCAUCGAGUGAUGUCUCGGGAAAUAUACAUCAAGUGGGGAGUUUUUGUCCCAGUUGGCUCAGCUCUGUGUAAAGGAUGUGAGGCUAAACAUCGAGUAUCUGUGGCAAAUGUAGAACCAGAAGUAGAACCAGCACCCAUGGAUACAGAGUCUGCUGUUGCCUCUUCCUCUGUUCAACCAGCCGACGCCUUAGAAAACCCAGCAGACGGGACAGAAGGGCAAUCUCUCAAGUCAGAUAUACAUGUAAAUGUAGGCCAUGAGGGAGGAGUUGGAGAUGUUCAGUAUCCAAUGAAGAUUCAAUCAGCAAGUGGUGGUGAAGGUGAUGGAUCUUCCUCUGAAACAGAUUUGCUUAUCAAGGGUCGCCACUUUUUACCAGGGAAUGGUGGCUCGACCCCUAGCACAGAGACCACGAGUGGGAAUAAUGAUGCUCGUGAUAUACUAGACAUCACGUGGGCCCCAACCCCAGCGCCAAAGAAUUUUGAGCUUGCCACGCUGAAUAGGUUUCUGCAGCAGGGAGGAUGUGCACCAGUAGAAGGCCAGCUCCAAACUGCAAUUGACGAAGCUUCUCAAAGGACAAUCAGAUACUACAAAUCAAAAGCCAAGGAAGCUUUUGGCCUUGUUCUCCAUCUGCUUGCCCCAGGACAAGAAGAUGAACUCAUGGCAUUAGUUCAGCCUGUACCUUCAAACAUUGACGACUCGUUGGCUGCAACUGUUAUAAAGUGUUAUGACGAGGCAAACACUUGGUUUACAAAAAGACAGAUCCUCUCAAUUCUUGCGGUGAAUCGAACCAAAUCACAGUUACUGGAUUUGAUUCCUGGCUUGACUGUCUACAGGAUAGACCAAGCUCGCAAGCAUGCCAGAGAUGUUGGUCAAGCUCAGCCAGUUCCACUUGAGCCAAUCACCCGAUCUCGCUUGGACAACGUCAAGGUGGAUCACUUUCUGGACUUCAUAUCUAGGCCAGAAUUUGUCCAGGAUGUGGCCUAUGGUACCCGAACCAUGAAGUUGAGCAAUGGAGAAAAGAUUGAGAUCCCAAACAUAGUGCGAACAACAAUUGUGUCAAGAGUGGUCCAACUGUAUCAGGCCUACUGUGAAGAGACUGACUUCCACCCACUACAACGAUCAACGCUCUUCUCAAUAAUACAGGUAUGUGCUGCAUCACAAAAGAAAUCCCUUGCCGGACUUGACAACAUUGCUGCUGAAGGUUCCCAGGCAUUUGAUAGCCUCAUACAUGUUGUGGAACAGCUCGGAGAAUGUGGAUAUUCAGCUACAACUGUCGAGGCCUUGAAAUCAAAGAUACAGUCAGCAAGGAUGUAUCUGAAGACUGAUUACAAACUGCACAUCAGUGAAGCCAGUCAGUGCCCCGAUCACUGCAUCGUGUAUGCUCUAGCUGAAAGCACCUCAGCGUGCAAGCAUGACCACGACAUGUCCUGUGAAAGAUGCAAGGAGAUAGUCUUCAUAUUUGAAACCAUUGAGUUGGCCUUCAGGGAUUUACCUCUCGAUAAUUACAGAUACAGCAAACAGAAAGAUGAAAUACAAUUCGAUUUUGAGGCAGCAAAAGAAAAGAUCCUCCAACUUAAGUCACAUAUUCUUCGGGCUAAAAACCAAGAACGAGCAAAGACCAGCCUUCUCCAAACUCUGGAACCACAUCAAGCCUUGCUUACCAUGGAUUGGGCGAUGAAAUUUUUGCCAAUGAAAUUCAGGGAAGCACAACAAGACUGGUUUGCCAAGAAGGGUAUUUCGUGGCAUGUGACGGCCUCUGUAUCAAAGAUUGCUGAAAGCGAGUACAAGAUUCACUGCUUCGUCCACUUGUUGGAUCAGUGCAAACAGGAUUGGCACAGUGUGUACUCCGUCAUCGACGCUAGUCUCAGCAAACUUAUGGUAGAGUCGCCACAAGUGACAGAGGUGUUUCUCAGAUCCGACAACGCAGGGUGCUACCACAAUGCAUCCUUGUUGUUAUCUCUCCCUGUCCUGUCAAAGUCAAAAGGCAUCACCAUCAAGCGCUACGACUUCAGUGAGGCCCAGGCAGGAAAGGACAUUUGUGACCGAAAAAUUGCGCCCAUGAAAUCUCACAUUCAAAGAUAUGUCAAUGAGGGGAAUGAUGUCACAAACGCCAAACAAAUGAGGGAUGCCUUGGCAUCGUAUGGCGGAGUACGGGGCUGCCAUGUCGCCAUUGCAACUUUGAAAGCAGCACCUACAAGUGAGAGAGGAACAUGGCCUGGCAUCACGUCUUUUACCAAUUUUGAAUUUGAGGAUGAAGGAAUUCGUGUGUGGAAGGCUUAUGGUAUUGGUCCAGGCACCUUUCAUAGUUACAAUAAGCUGUUGAAAAAGUGUAAGCAAGGACCAUCAGGUGUCAUUGUUGGUGAUUACACAAAGCCAGCAAAAGUGACUGGAGCAAUGGCUGGCAACCUUGAUCCAACACAGGUUGUCCAAGUACCCUGUCCAGAAAAUGGGUGCAGCAAGACCUUCCCCACCCAGGAGGCCCUCACCACCCACAUGGCGUGUGGUGUACAUGAUCUUCUGCCACUGAAAGACACCAGGAUGGAUGCUAUAAAGAGGAAAUGGGCAGGAAGAGUGGAGGCAGUCGGAAAGCCCAGGGACGCCUCAAGUUCACUUGAACUGCAAUCCGCUCUGCAGAUGGAGGACACUGAUACCCAGGUCAGUGCUGGCUGGGCGCAUCGAGGACAGAGGACUGCCCGUCGCUAUUCCCCCGAAAUAAGAGCCUUCCUUGAAAAGGAAUUUAUGAAGGGAGUCGGUGGAAUGAAAGAAAAUCCAGUCAAUGUGUCUUCCCGUAUAAAGGCUGCUUUCGGUAAGGAGGAUUGGCUGACAUCUCAUCAGGUCAUGGGUUACUUCAGUCGUCUCUCCACGAAACAGAAGUGUGGACGUCUUCCCCAUGGUACCCAGGCGGCUGUGGUUGAGGAAUCUGAUGCAGAGUUCGCUGUUGCAGCUGCUGCAGUAACACGACGCCAACUCAGAGACAAGGUCAUCAACCAGACAGGACUGUAGAUUUUUAGCUCACCUGGGUGAGCUUAUGUCGUCACGUCUUGUCCGUCCGUCAAAAAUGGUGGCACGUUUGCUCACCAUUGAGUCUAGGAGGUUGAAACUGCAACUACGUAUAUCUUAGAAAACCCUCAAUACUGACAGCCUUCAUCCACACCAAUUCAUUACUCGUUAGUGUAGACGGCGUUUAUGGGGAGUUUUGGACUGCCCGGUCAAACCCUUAGGUGGGAAUAAGGUUUCAUUGAUAAAUAUAAGGAGUUUCAAGGACCCCAAAUCACUUGCAAGGUUUAAAGGAGUUCUUUAAUUAUUAUUUCAGUACGGUUCAUCUUCUCUUUUUUUUCUUUAAGCAACCAUACUUCCUGAAGGUUUUGACGUUUUUCAAAAAAAAUGUUUACUCUCAAAUAGUAUAAAAACGCGUUUUUAAUUAUUUUUAGCACGCACAACUUCUGGCGCAAAAGACGUUUCGCACCACGUCAGUGCAUGCCGAAGUCCCGAGUUCACGUCACCCCGCUAUUACGACGUAACGUCAUUUCCAUUCACGUCGCAGCUACAAUCGGACGUCAUCCAUGACGCCCGAUUGUAGUUUUCAAACCCCUCGCAGCGCGUCACAGUGUAUUGAUCUGUAGGAAAAUUAUCUCUGCAGGGAGGCUGUCCUCAGAAAUGAAAUCGGAGAAACGUGAUAGUUUCGUCAGUUUUUGAAUUUUUCCCUUUUUUGUGCAGUUUGAUGAUGGAAACUUUGUGCAGAAUAGGAGGUGACUAGGCAGCCGAGGGCUUGGUAAUAUUGCCCUUAGUUACUAUACUGGUCCUUUAAGGAAUACUGGUCUAUUAUUUGUGGUGUACGUUUUCUUAUCAUCAACAUACUCUCAUCUUGAAAAAUAAGACAAUGUUUACGAUCAGUGCGACCAAUUUUUUACAGUCAUUUUGCAACAUUAUUGUUAAUGCGUCCCAUGAGGAUUCGUAAGGUACUACAUGUAUUUGGAUGUUUUGGGACAAACUGCCUAGUCUAGUUGUGAAUAAUCGAACUGAGGUAUUAUUUGUAUUUUGCAACAUACUCCGAAUAAUAAUCAUCUAAGAUGAUCUCAGAUGAGUAAUAAUUUGAUGGGUAAUGUUGUGCAACAGUAUCAUAAGGACUGCUGGUCAAGCACUCUUGAGCUGGGAGAGAGAAAUGAUAAGAGGGUGGAGACAGAUUUUCUGAAAUGUUGGUCUUUGAGUCAUGACUGUGCAGAAUUAGCCCAGUGAAAGUUGUCAGCUACACAUCAAGAAUUCUUGAUUUAGAAUGAAAGGGUACGACUUUAUUGGAUGUACAUUCAUCAGGCUUGACCUGAGAUUUUCCACGCCAUUGAUUGCAAAUGCAUUGUUCGCAUUCUACAAUACAUCUCUCUUUUUCUAAAAAAAAUACAUGGUGAAUUUCCUAAAACUGUUUCAUGCUGUGUUUUUGUCUCCCUUGACUAACAUAACCUGCAAUAUGAAGGACAUCCAGAUUUGAUGUUAUCUAGCGGAUGGUUCAUCAGGUAAAAUGCGGGGCUUGGUGAAAAAAAAGAAGAUUUUAUAGCGAUAUCUUGGGAUAAAUUUGAACUUUGGCUUUUAGUAAACAAUUGUAAAUGCCAAGAUAGAUUUUUAAUGUCAGUAUACUUAGUAGCGCUAAUGUCAGUUUUGAACAACCAAGCCUGCUACUGGAAAGUGCGACUCUCUCCUGAUACUAUCCUGCACUUGGGCCUGACAUGUAGUACCGUAAAUGAGGUGUUACUAGUAUUGGUCCCUCCCUAGUAGUGGUUAGUAGUGGUUUGGCUAUUGUCUGCAAAAUAGCCUUUUUCUAUGUAUCAUUAUAUUAGCUUGUAAAUA